AACCUUCAAAUUGAACCACUAACCUCAUAGAAUUUAUUAUCUUGAUGAAAUGAAAUCUUUUCUUGUAUAGUCCCAAGACGGUGAUUAAUUGAUCAGUAGGGUAAUUUUUCUCAGUGGGUGAGAAAUCCUAUUCCUCAUCUCAUCACAAACUGUUUGUCUAUCGGAUGAAAAGGUUAAUCUUACAAAAUGAGUGAUUCAAAAGCUUUAGUUAAAGAUUUCGUGGAAAAACAAAGAAAACUGAUUAAAAUUGAAUACGAAGCCGAAAAGGAGAAAACAGAUCUCAAUUUAUCUGAUUUGGUUCGCCAAGGAGUUUGUAUUCUGAAUUUGCGAUGUCUAUCAACUGAAGUUGGUUUACUUGGUCGAUCGUUAAUUACUUUUACUCACAACCGCUUUGAUAGACAAUUACCUUCUCAUAAAAUUACCUGUGGUGAAACCGUUAAAAUCAGUAAAGGAAAAGGCUAUUGUGCUGCUGGCGUUGUGUGUUACCUAAACUCGAAUAAAAUUACUGUGGCCUUAGAUGACGAGCUACAACUCUGUUUUAAUAUGAAUUUUACAAAUUACUGUUUAAUUAAAGAAUCAACCGAUGUCACUUACAGAAGAUUAGAAAAGACUUUGGAUCUGCUUGAUAAUUUUUCCGUCAGUAAGCGCUCUGAAACUUUGAUUGAUUUACUACUUGGAUGUCGAUUACCAGGUAACCUUAAUGAAAUUGGACCGAUUGAGUUUAUCAACAGUCGAUUGGACGAUUCUCAAAAGGAAGCCGUGACCUUUGCGCUGCAGUCAAAGAAUCUAUGUAUCAUCCAUGGUCCACCAGGAACGGGGAAAACUACCACUAUUGUUGAGGUCAUUCUUCAGCUUGUGGAAAAAGGCCGUAAAGUGCUGGUCUGUGCUCCAUCUAACAUUGCCAUUGAUAAUUUGGUCGAAAGAUUAGCCUCAUUUGAAGUACGAAAUAUGAUUCGAUUAGGUCAUCCAGCUAGAGCUUCGAUGGAUGUUCAAUGGUUUACUUUGGACGCAGUGAUAAAUCGUACUUAUGAAAUGACAUUUGUCCAGAAGAUCAGAAAUGAAAUUGAUAUUUUACGAAGCUUUCGAGAUCAUUCUAAAUCAAAUCAGAUUCCUCAGCUACUAAAAGAUAUGAAAAAACAGGAAUUGAAAAUAUUAAAGGAAGCAUUAAGUAAUUGUGAUAUCGUCUUAUCAACUUUACUCAGCUCCUCAAGCGAUGGUCCUCUUCAAUAUUUAGAAGAUCAUGAAAACCACUUUGAUGUUCUCAUAAUCGACGAGUGUUCUCAAGCCAUCGAAAUGGCCUGUUGGAUACCGUUAACUCUCGUUAAAAAGUGUAUUCUCGCCGGCGAUCAUUAUCAACUACCUCCGACAGUUAUAACAAAAACUGCGGCUAAAAAAGAUCUCGAAUUAUCUUUGAUGGAGAGACUUCUUUCCCGAUUCGAUCACGAAAAUGUGGUUCGCAUGUUAACGGUACAAUAUCGAAUGCACCAGAAAAUAAUGGAAUGGUCCUCUAAAAGUUUCUAUUCCAACAAGUUAAUUGCUCAUCAAUCGGUAGAGAAUCAAUCAAUGUCCGAAAUCAGUAAUUUAACUGAUUGUCCACCCUUAUUGUUGAUCGAUACCGCGGGCUGUGAUAUGCAAGAACUUGACCAGACUUCGAAGGAAUCCAAGGGAAACGAAUACGAAGCCAGCAUAGCAGCUCUUUAUGUCAACUAUUUAAUAAAUAAAGGGGUUAAACCCGAGUGCAUUGGUAUAAUUACUCCGUACAAUUUGCAGAUUGAACUGAUCAAAUAUCGAUUGAGUCGUAAGUAUCCUGAUGUUGAGAUACGUUCAGUCGACGGGUUUCAAGGCCGAGAAAAGGAAGUGAUUAUUUUAUCACUUGUCCGAUCAAACGCAAAAAAAGCAACUGGUUUCCUUCGUGAAUAUCGACGUAUCAAUGUGGCCGUAACUCGAGCCAAGAAACACCUUGUUGUCAUUUGUGAUUCCGACACUGUCUCAGCAGAAAAGCACAUCUCAUCAUUGAUUGAUCAUCUCAAAGCUAACGGUAAAGUGAAAUCAGGUCAUGAAUAUUCAAAGUAUAUGAGACCACGAAAUUAUCAAAAUCCCAUCAGAAAACGAUCAAGGUUCAAUUGAAUUCUUUCAGAUCUUUUACACCACUCUGAGCAUUUGAGUCAUUUUAAUCCCUGCAAUCAAUAAUUUGAUUGUAAUUUUAGAAAAAAUCAAAAUAAAUUGUUUCUCAUUGCUUGAUAAAAUUACUUCAUGAUUAACAGAAAAGAAUUAAAGAAAUUAAAUUGCAACAAUUUCUCAUUAAUAGUAAUUGUAUCUCUAGGCAAACCAAAGGUGAAAACUUAUAAAUAAAAACAAAUUUUUCUUUGCAAUCAUUGUCAA